AAAAAAACUCUCGUUAAUCCUGACCACGUUUUACUGUCCUCUUCAAAGAGCUCACUUCAGUCGGUUUGCCCACGUUCUGCCCGCUAUCCGGUUCGACCUGCCCAUGCGCAUGUAUCACUGACGCGUUCGUCAAGCAAGCAAGGCGUCAAACCCAAUGGCAGUGUCAUCGACCUCGCUCAGCACCGCGUCAUAGCCUUUUCUGCAUUAUCGGAUCGCCCGGGGAGGCCAAACCACUGCCAUGAGUAGCGGCCACACGUCUUCCAGGCGUUCCAACAGCUCGGACAGCGCCUCCACCGUUGCUGGGCCUGUCAGCGUUGCUGGCACUACCAACGGCUAUGGAUUCCGCAGUGCUGGUGGCGAUGCGUUAUCCAUCGAGAUGCAAUUCCUGAAUCCGCGUAGACGCUUCCCACUUGCAGACGAAUAUCUGCCAGCUGUGCAUGUGACGGAGGAACAGGUGGAAGAUCUUCGAGAGACGUGUGAGCAGCUCACCGCCGACGCUCUCGAACUCACCAGCAUGUUCGCGUGGGAGGACAGCAACAACAACGAUCUUGUGGGCGAACACCGCGAGCAAUGGAAGGUGCACUACAAGCGUCCACACGUGACACUAUACCGCAAGAAGCGCGGGAAGGACGUCACAUCGGACGAACAGGAGGACGCGUCGGACACCACCAAUGGCGGUUUGCGCCACUACGUCGUGAGCGGACAGAUCCACGACAUGAGUCUGGAGGACGUCGAGUACGGACUCUACUGCGACGCCACGCUGGACGAGCGCGCCGUUAUGACAGACCUGUACCGCGAACUCUUCUUAGACGCAGCCGUGCUGCGUAGCUUCGAAACACAGACACCGGAAGAUCCGUUCCACUUCUUCGGUAUCAAGUGGUUGGCCCAUUUAAGUCCGGCAGACAAGUUCAUCUCACCUCGAGACUUCGCCUUCGUCGAGUAUUCACAGCGUGUAGUUGGCCCCAAGGGCGAGCCGCUACUUGUCAAAGUGCAACAAUCUCUAGGUCCCGAACACGUCGAUGCCAUGAACCGCCGCGAGUUUGACCUCGUACGAGCUCAGAUGAACUGCACCACAGUAUAUCGUCAUGACAAGCGCGCUAAUAACGUCCAGGUGAUCGCCCGUGGUUACCUGGAUCCAUGUGGAAGUGCUCCUGCUAUUAUGACGCGAUCAUUCUUAACACGAUUAGCACCAACUCUUGUCGAGGUGGAGCACAGCGCUGACGUCAAGUACAUUAUGCGUCACGGACUAGUGCUACCAAAAGAGCAGUUUCUAGCGCGUCGCAACGCGUUAAAGGCCCAUGGUCGCCACCGCUUACAAUGCACUGCAUGUGGCAAACGCUUCGGUCGUCUAAAGCGCCACCUGACGCAGUGCCGUGCGUGUGGUGAAGCUGCUUGUGGUCGGUGUCUCAUGACGUUCACAUUGUGUCUUCCUAACCACGAACACCGGAGUGCUGAACAUCCUAGUGCUGUGAUUCCCGAGCGCUUCUGUCUGCGUUGCUUAUACUCUGGUCGUCUCGAUCGUAAGGGCCAGCGUAUGGACGACUUCCUGCUCGGUGGGACGUUGCUUGCAUCCACGACCGUCCCGACCGUCGAUGAUGACGAAGAAAUAGACGAUGACGAUGUAUCGGUGGUGGAAUUCGCGAUGCUCGGUGACGAUCCUGGAGCAAUGCAUGCAGCCAUUUCAGAAGCACAACGUCUGCAACGCUUAAAACAACGGUAUCUGGACAACGAGAAGCGCAAAUAUCUCGGUGGCCAUCAACAGACUCCAGUGCAGCGUUUGGUCAUGGAGCAGCAGUAUCAGAUGCACCACUACGAGCAAGCUACUCGUCGUGUCCGCCCACCUAUAACUCGAAGAAGCAGUCAGCCGGUGAACGGCACCUCAGUGGAUUCCGGUUCGAUCUCGUCUGCGCACAAUUCCGUUUCGUCGGCGUACAGUUCCCUGUCAAUGGGCAGCUCCACGUAUUCAUCGGCAGAGGCUGCAGCGGCAGCCACUGCUGCACUGCAAGCCAACGCUGGGUUUCAUGAGAUGGAACAUUCUAUCGGUGAACAAGAAGCACUGCUGCGCUCACUUCAGAACGAGUAUGCCAAGAUGAGCAUGAACAGAAGUAUACAACGUACACACUCGAACCCAAGUUUCAACGCACAGGAAUUGCGUGAUAAACGUUUGGCCGAAUGGCAAGCUGCAGAACAUUCGACAGCAUCCAACCACUAUUAUGAUAUCGACGACUAGAAAGAGAGGUAUCGUCGUUAGUGAAUGAGUGAUUACAGUAAGUAGCGAGCAGAAUAUCCUACCCUUAUAAAUGUGACGAGCUUGAUAGUGAUAAAAAGGAGUCUACUGCAUCGUGUUUCGAGAGAUACAAGUCUAAACGCUGAUGCCAAUGUGUCUAAAGUA